AUGCAGCGGAUAGCUACUAGAUGUAAGACAGCGAAAGAUGAGACGAGUCUCGUUACAAAGAAGGCGAGAAAGGAGGUUGAAAAGUCUUGUGAUGAAGCUAAGCAUUGCUAUUCUUUGCCUAGCACAGGUGGUGAUUAUGAGUGUGUUGAAUUUGGAAAUGGUUACAGUGUGAAUUUGCCAUCUCGUAGCUGCGCUUGUAGGAAAUGUGACUUAUCUGGAAUUCCAUGUCGCCAUGCUGUAUCUGUUAUCCGUGAGAACGGUCUCGAGGUUGAAGAUUUUAUUUCAGAUUAUUAUCUGACAUCAAAGUGGCAAGGUUUGUACAUGAAUGGGUUGAGUCCUGUCAAUGGCCCAAAGUUUUGGAAGAAAUCUGGUGGAGACCGUAUUGAAGCACCGCCAUACAAGAGACCUCCUGGAAGACCAAAAGGGAAGGCAAGGAUCAAAGGAGUGAAUGAAUCUCCCAAGAAAAAUGUGACCAAAGUUGAUUGA